AUGCUGUUUGGGAAUACUGCCUGUCAGGACAAAGCAGUGCCAUCAAGCUUAUCCUGGUCAACUGCAACCAUCAGCAUGGUCCUGUCAAUCAUCACAGUUCCUGGAAAUUUGCUUAUCGCCAUAGCUAUUAUCAAGGACCCUCACCGCAACCUGAGGUCGCCCUUCAACUUCUUUGUCAUAAAUCUCGUCAUGGCGGACCUCAUCAUUGGAAUAGUUACAGAGCCUGCAUUUGUUGUAUACCAUGUUUUGGAGGCUAAAAGAGGGAGGCAGUUGAAUGCACAUCUGAUGUUCGUCCACGUGACGUAUUUCUGCUCGCUGACUACAUCUCUUCUGAGUAUCGCAGCGCUCGCAGUGGAUCGAUGUAAUGCGAUCACGUGUAGCUACAUACGUGAAGCGAAUGCAGGGGGCAACAUCAGGACUUCCUUAGCGAUCUGGUUCGUAUCGCUGUCAGUCCCAUGGCUAAUCUACCUGACGCAAUUUUUUCUAUUUGCAUUUGUCUACGUCAAUACGGCAAUCUUAAUGUCUGUUGUUAUGAUCCUUGUUUCGUUUCUGCGCGUCAGAAGAGAUCUAAAAGAGAAGAUUCUCGAAUGGACUUCCAUCCGAGAAGAUGCUGCCAUACUCCGCGCGAUAAAAAGGGAGAGAGUCUUGACGAAUUCGUUUCUUGUUAUGUUAGUCUCUUUUUGUUUGUGUAUGAUGCCAGCAUUCGUCAUGGCUUACGUCAUUAACUUCUGUGACACAUGUUCAUGUGACGUCAUUCAUUGGUUACGAGAUCUGCACUUUAUCUUUCCAUUGGUCAACUCAGCUGUCAAUCAGUUUCUGUACCCAUGGCGAAUGAGGAAUUUCCGUAAAGCUAUUUCAUCAAUUUUGAGACUCAAUGCCGUUGAUUUGGAAUUUACGAUUUCGGGGACAUCGGCUGAUCUCAAUCCCUUGCCUUCCGAGAGAACAGAUCUUGGAACCAGAGACAUAUCCGGGCCUGACCAGAGACGAGGGACCCCCAUACUUCUAAGCGUGACAAGGCUGACGUGA